AUGAAUAGAUACACUACUAUCAAACAGCUUGGCGAUGGGACGUAUGGCUCCGUCCUCCUAGGGAGAAGCAUUGACUCUGGGGAGCUAAUUGCCAUUAAAAAGAUGAAGAGAAAGUUCUACUCUUGGGAGGAAUGCAUGAAUCUUCGAGAGGUUAAGUCUUUGAAGAAAUUAAACCAUGCCAAUAUAGUAAAACUGAAAGAAGUUAUCAGGGAAAAUGAUCAUCUUUAUUUUGUGUUUGAAUACAUGAAGGAAAAUCUUUACCAAUUGAUGAAAGAAAGAAACAAACUGUUUCCUGAAUCUACAGUUAGGAAUAUUAUGUAUCAGAUCCUGCAAGGGCUUGCAUUUAUCCAUAAACAUGGGUUCUUUCACAGAGACUUGAAACCUGAAAACCUCCUUUGCAUGGGACCAGAACUUGUGAAAAUAGCGGACUUUGGCUUAGCCCGAGAAAUCCGAUCUAGGCCUCCUUAUACAGACUAUGUAUCUACAAGAUGGUAUAGGGCUCCUGAAGUUCUUCUGAGGUCCACCAGUUAUAGCUCUCCCAUUGAUAUCUGGGCUGUCGGCUGUAUAAUGGCAGAGGUUUACACAUUAAGGCCUCUCUUCCCUGGUGCCAGUGAAAUAGAUACUAUAUUCAAGAUUUGCCAAGUACUGGGGACACCGAAAAAGAAUGACUGGCCUGAAGGCUACCAACUUGCAGGUACCAUGAAUUUUCGCUGGCCCCAGUGUGUACCUAACAACCUAAAGACCCUAAUUCCUAAUGCUGGCAGUGAGGCAGUUCAGCUCAUGCGAGACAUGCUACAAUGGGACCCCAAAAAGCGACCAACAGCUAGUCAGGCACUUCGAUAUCCCUACUUCCAGGUUGGGCACACACUGGGCACCUCUCUCUGCAUUCAGGAACUGGGCAAGCAGCCGAAAGAACUCCAUGAUAAAGCAGCACUGCACCAUGUUAAACCGGUCCCUCCUGCACAACCCCCUACAAAACCCCAUGCCCAUCUCUCAUCUAGACCAUUCCAGCAAAGCCAGUCUUCCCAGUACCUCAUGUACCCAUAUAAAGCAGACUCCUUGGUGACUGACCACGGGACCCAGUUAAGAGAGGACGAGCCUGCUCAGGUGCUUCUGCCAGCACUUCGUAGUCAAGUUCCUCAGCAGAAAAUACCGGUUGGGACAGAGAACACGAAUGGUGAACUUAAACCAAAGACUAGGCGAAGAUGGGGACACAUUACUAGAACAAUGAAAGGUUCUGAAGAGUGGGAUGACUUGGAAGACUUGGAUUUUAGCUCUUCCCUCACCAGAACUGAUCUGAAAAACAAGAGGCGACAGAGUGAUGAAGCUCUUUGUAGGUUUGAAAGCAUUUUGGAUCUGAAGCUUUCGGACAAUCUAGGUUCUGGCAACAGUGCCCCUUCCCAUGCAUCCUUUCCACGGCAGGACACACCCACCUUGCGAGUUUCUGCAGCCAAGCAGCAUUACUUGAAACAUUCUAGGUAUUUACCUGGGAUAAGCACAAGGAAUAGCAUAGUCUCCAGUUCAAGCAAGGAUUCUAUUGCGUCUAAUCCAUGGCCCACUUCUAGUUUGCCUGGAAAAGCUUCAGGUGUGGGAGGAGGGGUCAAUGGAACGAAUUCAGGGCACUCAGGAUCGAGCAGGUUGACGGGUGGUUAUAUCCCUUCAUUUCUGAAAAAGGAACUAGGCUCUGCUGGGCAGAGGGUUCAGUUAGCACCAAUUGCAGAUCCAUCUUCUAAUUACGCCUCUCUGAAGUCUGUCAGACCUCAUAUUGGGCGGCCAUCAUUUAAUACACCUUCAAAAAGCACACCAGCAUUAAUGCCGCGUCCACCGCCAAUUCAGCCAAUCCAUGGACGCACUGACUGGUCUUCAAAGUACGGAGCUCACCGGUGA